UGUCCGAAAGACACACUGCUGCAUUUCUACUUCAUAUCAUGAUCAAUGUAGGUCACGUUUCAUCACGGUGAGAUGACAACAGCCUGUAGCGUUAAAAAUAGAUCAUGAACAGUGAUCGAAGGCAAGUGAGUAUUUUAUAAUGCUCCGCUGAGGAAUCUAUUUCGUUUUGUCAACGUAAUCAGAAGACCCGUCAGACCAUGAACUACGUGGGCCAGUUGGCGGGUCAGGUGUUGGUGCAGGUCAAGGAGCUGUACCGAGGCCUCAACCCGGCCACGCUGUCGGGCUGCAUCGACGUCAUCGUGGUGCGGCAGCCCGACGGCUCCUUGCGCUGCUCGCCCUUCCACGUCCGCUUCGGCAAGAUGGGAGUCCUCCGCUCGCGAGAGAAAGUGGUGGACAUGGAGAUUAAUGGAGAGCCGGUGGAUCUACAUAUGAAGCUCGGAGACAACGGGGAGGCCUUCUUUGUCCAGGAAAUGGAAAAUAACCAGGAAGUGGUUCCUUCCUACCUGGCCACCUCUCCCAUCAUGUCGGACGGUCUCGUUCUGAUGAGCUCCUCGCUGAUGGCGAAGAGUUCGGGGCCUCCCGUGCAGACCUUGGGCUCCACGGGGAGCAGCGGCGAGACCGGCACAACGGCGAUGAUGAUGAUGAAAAAACGAAGGAAGAGGAGGAGGAAAGCCCGGAUAGACAGCCCGAAGAGGGAGGAGAGCGGCGACUACUCAGAGGACGAGGACAUGUUCACUAUUGACAUCAGCUCUGAUGAAGAAAUGGAGAAUAACAGGUCCUCUUCCAGGGAAGCGGCAGUCGGGUCCACCAGCACUCCUUUCAAACAAUCUAGCGUUUACGCUCGCUCCGACGGCGACUGGAGUCCCCACCAGAGCCCUGGAAACUCAUGUCCCGCUUCUCCCAAAAGUGAUUCUGAGCUCAUGAUGAAGCCGUCCACCGCAGGCAAUCAAGAUUCAGCCAUGCACUGGCCGUGGGGGGAAUUGCCACAGGCUGCCACUCCAUCCUUCCUUUCAACGAAAGGCGACCCGCCGCCAAUCGGUCCCGUGUCCAUCCCGGUAUCGCAAAGCACGCAUUUCAGAGCCAUCCCUCAUCAGGUGUCCGAACGGCCGCCCCACGGCGAGGAGCCGGCCGUCGCCAAGGCGAUGGAGACGGACUCUGUGACAUUGACGGAUGGUGCGCCGUCCCAUGUGACAUCAGACUUGGAGGACGUGACGGGACGGCCCUUGGGAAAGACAGACUCCCCGUCCAAGAAAAAAGAUAAAAGGAGCCGCCAUCUGGGCGCUGAUGGAGUUUACUUGGAUGAUCUCACAGAACUGGAGCCUGAAGUGGCUGCCUUGUAUUUCCCAAAGAGUGACAGCGGCGCAGCAGUUAGGAGCGUGUCGGACCCGGGCCCCCGCAGCUCUAGCCUCUCCCCGCAGUCGCUGAGCUCCGGGGGAGACAGCGGCGUGGACGGCUUCAGUGACCCGAUGGGCGACUUGCCCUCCAUCGCCAUCUCGCUUUGCGGCGGCCUCACCGAAAACAAGGAGGUCGUCAAAGAGCAGUUCCACGCCAAGAUCAUCUCAUACCAGCAGUUUGUUCAGAACCCGUCGGUCAUCGACGACCCCAACCUGGUGGUGAAAAUCGGCUCCAAAUACUAUAACUGGAGCACUGCUGCCCCCAUCAUGCUGGCGAUGCAGGCAUUUCACAAGCCGCUGCCAAAGACCGCAGUGGAAAACAUCAUGAAGGAGAAGAUGCCCAAGAAAGGAGGGAGGUGGUGGUUCUCCUGGAGAGGCCGCAACAGCAAAUCGGAUUCCGUCUCGGAACGCGGGCCCUGCGGCUCGGCCGAAAUUGGGUCGUUGUCUAGCCGGCAAAAAGAAGAGUCAUCGUCCAGCGAUGAAGAUCACAGGGUGGCAAAACAGAGCUCAGCCAGCAUUCAGUCGGAGGCCGGAAUGACCGUGGGAGGCAUGUCGUACAAGAAGACGCUCAGACUAACCUCGGAGCAGCUGGUGUCGCUGCAGCUGCAGGACGGCGCCAACGACGUGGUGUUCAGCGUGACCACUCAGUACCAGGGAACGUGUCGCUGCCAGGGAACCAUCUACCUCUGGAACUGGGACGACAAGAUCAUCAUUUCUGACAUUGAUGGAACCAUCACAAGGUCGGACACGCUGGGCCACAUCCUGCCCACCUUGGGAAAAGACUGGACUCACCAGGGGAUUGCACAGCUCUACCAUAAAGUCAGCCAGAAUGGCUACAAACUCUUGUACUGUUCGGCCCGAGCUAUCGGCAUGGCGGACAUGACGCGGGGAUACCUGCACUGGGUCAACGAGAGGGGCACCAUGCUCCCCAUGGGGCCCGUCCUGCUCAGCCCCAGCAGCCUCUUUUCCGCUCUGCACAGGGAAGUGAUCGAGAAGAAGCCGGAGAAGUUCAAGGUGGAAUGUCUGAGUGAUAUCAGGAACCUCUUCUAUCCCAACACGCAACCUUUCUAUGCAGCCUUUGGCAACAGGCCCACGGAUGUGUUUUCCUACAAAGAAGUUGGGGUGCCACUGAACAGGAUUUUCACGGUGAACCCCAAAGGGGAGCUGGUGCAGGAGCACGCCAAGACCAACAUCUCAUCGUACGUGCGCCUCGGGGAGGUGGUGGAUCACGUUUUCCCACUCAAGAUGCGAGCCUCAUCCUCGGACUUCCCCUGCUCUGACACCUACAGCAACUUCACCUACUGGAGGGAGCAGCACCCCCUGGUGGAACGGCAGGGAACCACACCCCCCUGCACUCCCAUCCUCAGCAGCUGACCCGUAGUAGUAGUGGUGGUGGUCACACAGAAUACACCAAAUGGUACCUUCUUGGACUUUUUUAGCAAGCACAAUGCAUUGAAAUGCACUUUGUGACUGAAUAAUUUAUUCAAGGCAGCUUAUUGAUUUGAAGUGAGCCUUUAUUUUUAGUCGAGGAGCUAAACUUGGUGCCAAAUAUGUACCUUUAUUUUCUUACUCACAUGCACGCACAUUAGUAGUUAUUUGUACAUUAUAGAACAGUCCAUCCCUUUUCUAUAGUGCCUACUAUUAGGAUUUGCCAAAAAGCUGGAGUCUAUUCUAGCUAACUUUGGGCAGGGAAAGCAGGCUACACCCUGGUUACCAGUCCAUCACAGGGCAUAUACUGCAAAGACAAUUCAAUUCCAUUUAUCAUGUCUUACUAAUGAAUUUUUUUUCACUCCUGUAAGACCUUUCUGCACGACGACAUGUGGCAAGACGACUGCUGCACAUGUCGGGGCUAGUAGUCUGGUCCAGGAGAUUGCUGGUGUGUCAGGCAUGCAUACAAUUUAGUCUCAGCAACAGUGGUUUUCCUUGUAAGGUUUUCCUUGUAAGGUGUAAUUGCAUACUAGUAUGCCAAAAGUGGCGCUAGUAUUAACAAAAUGUUAAGUGUAAAAAGAAAAAAAAUAUAUAUAAAAAGCAGGCGGCACGGUGGGCGACUGGUUAGCACGUCUGCCUCACAGUGCAGAGGUGCAAGGUUCGAUUCUGGCUCCGGGCUUCCUGUGUGGAGUCUGUAUGUUCUCCCCAUGCCUGCGUAGGUUUUAUCCAGGCACUCCGCUGGCUAAAAUUGACAUUUAAAUCAACAUUGACACCAGAUAUGUAAAUUAGCCAUAAUGUGAUGUCACAAGUGGGAGACAUUCACAAGAAGAGUGGAGUUAAGUUCAUUUCAUACUUGACCCAACUAGUGGACCUCACAAAAGUGUGCACACUCCUCAAUUUUCUGUAACUGUUUUAUGAUACCUUUAUUUAUAGGGAUAGCAUUGAAGAAAUGACAUUUUGCGACAAUGUUGAGUAGUCAAUGUGCAGUGACUGCAUAUAAUUAAUUACUUUCCCCUUAUAAUAACUUACCACAGCCAAUACUGUCUUAACUACUGGUAAGAAAAUUGAGUACAGCUUUAGGUGAAAAUGCCCAAAUUGGGCCUAAUUAACCAUUUUCCCCCUCAUGUGACUCUUUAGUGUUUCAAGAGUUCAAAUGUUACUCAAUAGAAUUUUUUUUGGCUGACUAAUAUCAGGAUAAUGUGAAGCACAACAGCUUGUUUUUGGUCACGUGUUGGAAAAAUUUGAGAAUGUAUUGUGCAUAGAAAGCAAGUUCUUAAAAAUAUGAACAUCUUUGUCAUUUCUUUGGUAUCCAAUGCAUUUUACUGCACAAAUAUUUUAUUAUUUUCAUUUUAAUGCAUCUAUUCUUCACCCGGGGUUUAAAUGAUAUGUCAAAAUUAAUUUGCCUGUAAUUGCUAUCAAAUAUCAUGUGAAAGAAGUUACAAAGGGAAUUUGACAGUAUUUCUUAUGAUGGACUUCAGGUAUGCUUAGUGACAAACCAACUGUUUAUCAGAUUAUCGUAUCACCUAUAAUCGCAGAUGAUGUGUAUGUAUAUACAGUACUUUAAUAUGCUUCAAAAUAUUCAUUAUUCUUUCUAUGAAAGAGCUUGAAAUAUGUCAAAAAAACCAUACAUACAUUGUGUAAACUGCCCUACCCUCACUGUUUAAAAGUUAAACAAAGUCAAAUAAAUGACGUUGGUUACUUGGA